AUGAGUAAAAAAGCAAAAAAUUAAGAAUAUAACAUAGAAAGGUAGCUGUAAGAACUUUGGUUCAAUUUAGACUACAGCAAUAAUAGUUAAAUUAAAAAAAAUGCAAUUUUUGAUACUACUACUAUUAAUAAGGAUAGUAUUGUUGGAUUAGAUAAUCACUCGCUAUCUAAAAGCUUAGAUAUGCUUCCUAAAUAAGCAAGUUUUUAGAAAAAUAAUUUGAUUAAUUAACCUACUGAAUAAUUAAGAGGAGAUGAAGAUGAUGAUUAAAUAUUUAGCCCAAUAUAUGUAGAAAAUAAAGUUGUUUUAAAUAAAGCAUCAAAGCUAAGCUUCGAUAUUAAGCCUCCUCACAAGAACAGUAGGUAAACAAGUACCAGUAACCCUAGUAAAAAUGACGAAAGCUAAUCGUAUUAAAUGAAUAAUGAUAGAUUAGAUAUUAAUAACAUCAAUCUUCUUCCUUCCUAUAGAAAAACAUCGUAACUUAAUGAUACUGAAGUAAAUCAAACGAAUAGAGAGGACUCAUACACUACAAACAAUAUGCAAAUUUUUUUAAAAAUUAACAAUAAUAAAGAGAACACUUAGAGAAGUUAAGUAAAUCUUAAGCAAUGGUAGAGUUCUAAUUUUUCUUAAGCUGCUCUUAACAUUUCACCUAAAGGCAAGGAAUAAGAGGGAGUCAGCUUGAAUCAUAAUUGGAAGAGAGGUGCAUUUAGUAUUUUAUAGAAGAUUGCCUAAUUUAGAAAAAUUAUGUUGGUUAAAAGCGAUAGUAAAAAAUUUAAAAAAUUAAAGGCUACUGAUUUCGCUAUUAUUGGCGACAAAGCUUCAGAUUUCAAGUACUAUGUAUAUAAGGGGUUCCUUGAAUCAUAAAGACCUACCAAAAUUUAGAAGUGUGUUUACCAAACAACAAAGAUUAUUAAAAAUUUUUUUUCUUCAGUGUUUGAAAAACUUUCUUUAUCUAUCUUGAAGCCAGACUCUAACUUUAAAGUCCUUUGGGAUAUACUAAUGUUGCUUCUUAUUUGGAUAAAUCUUAUUAUAUGUCCACUGAUAUUUAGUUUUGAUGAAUUCGAAAUAUAAGAUAAAAUGUUACUUUUUAUGGUUUUUACUUGCUUCGCUUUUGCAACUGAUAUCAUUGUGUAAAUAAAUACAGCAUUUUUCCAUUAAGGCAUAAUACAAACAAGUAGACAACAAAUAAUAGCAAAAUAUUUUAAAUAAAGCAUGAUCCCUGAUAUAGUUACUUUUUUUUGCUACGUAAGAGGAGUAUUUACUGGUGACAAAUAUUUAUUGUUAGCAAUACUGUUAAAAACAAUCAAAGAAAUAAAAAUAUAAAGCAGUCUUUAAGAAGUGUUUUAACCUACAGAAAAGUUUAUGCUGGCGAUAAGAGUUUUUAAUGUAUUUUAGUUAGUUUUUAUAAUAGCUCAUUUUGCUUCUUGCAUAUUUAAUUGGGUAGCUUCAAUUUAAUACGAUGGGAAAUAAUAAGACGAUUUACCUUAUGUUGAAACAUGGCUUUCAGCAAACCAUUUAAUAGGUGCUGACUGGUAUAAAAUAUACAUAAAUGGGUUUUACUUUUCUAUGAUUUCUAUGAUGACGAUAGGCUAUGGCGAUAUUACUCCAAAAUCCAUCAAUGAAAAGAUCUAUACAAUUUUUUUUUGUGUUGUAUCAUGUGCCUCAUUUGCUUAUUCUAUAAAUACAAUCAGUUAGGUUAUAACUGAUGCAAAGAAAAAGUCAAAGAACUUUAAAGAGAGAAUGAGAAGUCUUAACUUAUUGAUGCAAAACAGAUAAAUAGAUAAUCAUUUGUAAAUGAAAGUCAGAAAAUAUAUUGAAUACUUACAGGAAACUAGUGAAAAUAUGGAUUAUGCUUACAAGGAUUUAGAAGUUCUCCCAACUUCGAUAAAGCAGGACGUUUAAAUAGACAUGUAUGGGAAUCUUAUUAAAAAGUAGAAAUUAUUUUAUUUGAAUUUCUCACAAGAAACUAUUGAAAAGCUUGCUUUAGCUGUUAAUGAAAUAAGCGCAGGACCAGGAGAAGUUAUUUAUAAGCCUAACGAUAGCCCAGAUUCCUUAUAUAUUGUUUUAAGUGGAAGAAUCGAAAUUUACAUUCAAAGCUAAAAAAUUAAUGGAGUUGAAAAUGAAACUAAUAUUGCUUAUAUUGAGAAGGGUUGUGUCUUUGGAGCAGAGGAAUUUUUUAAUUAAAAGCCAAGGCAAAAUGCUGCAAAAGCAACAGAGCUUUCCUAAAUCAUAUAAAUUCAAAGGAAUUAGCUUGAGUAAGUACUAAAGUCAAGCGAAGAUGACUAUGAACAUUUUAAAAUGCUGAGUGACAUGGUUAAAUACUCCAAUACAACAAGAGGCCUUGGUAUACAGUGCCAUUUUUGCAAGAAUUUCACUCAUUCUUUUUCAGAAUGCCCUAAUGUCACAUAUUCUAAAAGAAAAAAUUUAAUUAUUAUGAAAUUGAAUAUUUCUUAAGAUUAGCAACGUGACUAUUAUCCAAGAAAGCACAUAAAAUCAAAGAAUAGCUUGCUAUACUAAAAUUUUUUAGUCAAGAGCAUUAAAUUGUUUAUAGAUUUAAAGAAAUAUGAAACUAAAGAUACUGAAAAUCAAGAUGGAAUGAUUUCUGGAGCUUCAGAGUAAUUUGAUGAUGCAGCUGUGGAAGAUAAUGAACUUAACUAAAUAAUCACUGAAUAUACUCAAAAAUUGAGAAAUACUUAGAAGACAGAAGAAGAAAGUGAAAUAUCAUAUGAUGAUGCUUAACAAAAAUAUAAUGAAACAAAUAUAGCUUAAAAGUUAAAUUAAAAACCAGAAUAGGUAAGUAUGCUUUAUGCUGAAUAGUUUUUAAGCAACAAUAACAAUAACAGUGGUGAUGAAAAAGAUAAUAAAAAAGGAAAUUCUAGAACAUCAAACACUAACAAACAGAGUGAAGAGGUUUUAUCUUCUCCAAAUAUCAAUUCAUAAAUACCAAAUUCAUUAACUUUUAUUCAAAACAAUUCACCAACAUUUAAUUAAAAUGUCAAUCAGGAAGAUAAUUCUUGUUCACAGUUACAAACUUUUUAGCUCUCUACCAACCCAUAGCUAUAAGUUCCUUAGUAAUUCCCUGAAAGGGAGAGACACUCCUCUAUUUAGAGAAUGUAUCCUGGAGAGAUCAAACUAUUUCCAUUAUUCUCAAAUACACCUUAGGAGACUAGAAUAACUAGAUAAACUUCUAUUGAUUUCACUAUUUAAAAUUAGCUAUCUAAUUUAUAUCCUUAGAAAUAAAGCACUAACAACUUUAAUUCAGACUUUAAAAACUCUAACUACGCCUCUGAUUUCAAAAACUCAAAAUCUUCAUCAUUAGCAUAGAAUUAUACCCAGUAGUUGUAAAGCUAAUAGUCAAAUAUAAUUAACACUAAUAGCUAAAACUCACAAAAUUUGGGUUUCCAAUCUAUGCAUCAACAAUAGUAGCCUUUAUCUCCUCAACUCGUUAGCGAAAUUUAGAAAUAAAAAUAAAUUAUUCAAGAUGCAAGUUUGAUGAAGCUAAACACAGUUACAAGUAAUAUAAACACAUUAGGAGGGAAGCUUGAUUCAAAACCUACUUAAAAUUUAGGAUCUCAGCUAACUUCAUUUGAAAAUAUGAAAAUGGGAAGCCAAAGCUUUGUUUAACUAUCAUUUAAUACAAAAUUAGGGACAGAUGCAAAGGGAGUUUAAAGCAUAAAUGGAAAAGAAAUAGUCUCAAGUGUUAACUAAAAUCUAAUUUAGUAAGAAACAAAAAUGUUGAAUCAGCAAUAAUCUCAAAAUUAAAUGAUAUUAGAUAAUUCUAUUGAAAUCCACUCAAUAAGAGAAAUUAAAGGUCUGAACAAUUGGGAAAGUGAAACAUUAAAAAGAUUUGACCGUUUUAAGAUUUUUAAAAAAUAUUUCCCUCUUUAAAAUAUUAAUAAAAUAUUGGAAGUUUUGAAUUAAAGAAAAAAUUCAAAAGGAAGUCCAAGCAAUAAAAAACAAAGAAAAAAAUUGACUAUGUUAAAGAAAUACGAUAUUCUAUUGAAGUCAUUUCAUGCCAGUGAAUUUUCGCCUAGAAAAAGUAUUUUGAGUAAAAACUUAAAUCUCACAAAUUAGAAUUCAGAAUAUUUGAAAAGAAUAAUCCCAUCAAACUCUAAAUUCGAAAGUCAAAAAGAUGAUUGA